AUGCUGCUUCGUGGAGGGCUUUGCGGGCAGCCACCAGGCACCCGCAUAGACAUCUCCGCCUGCCUGGUGGGUGCUUCUCCUGUGGGUGCACAGUUUGCUGCGGGAAUAUUGCCCAUCCGUGGAUCCCUGGUGAGAGCGUUUGCACUGUGCGCUUCAUCCCUUGCUCCCCGGGUCCAGCAGGAGAACAAGCAGGCUCAGGGAAGCAGUUCUCCUGCGUCUUACGCGGAGACUCUGAACAAGGCAGUUGCCAAACCUCCUCCACGGAAAUCCCAUAGCCUUGAACAUGAUCUGGAAAGUGAUUUGGGCCACAUCCAGAGGAAAUGCUUCUCAGACAGAGGCAGCCAAAAUCCUGGUUUGCCUCUGCUACAGCAGAACCUGAACCCAGACUUCAGGGGGUUUUUUUGCAUGGCUUUUCCCACACAGCCAAGCAGCCUAGAAGCUUCCCCCGCGCUGCUUCAAAGCGUUCCUCCAAAGACUUUCUCCUUCCCGUACUUUGAAGGAUCCUUCCAGCCGUUUAUCAGAUCUUCCUACUUUCCAGCCGCCUCCUCCGUGGUGCCCAUCCCCGGUACCUUCUCGUGGCCGUUGGCGGCGCGUGGCAAGCCCCGCCGGGGCAUGCUGCGGCGCGCCGUCUUCUCCGACGUGCAGCGCAAGGCGCUGGAGAAGAUGUUCCAGAAGCAGAAGUACAUCAGCAAGCCCGACAGGAAAAAGCUGGCGGCCAAGUUGGGCCUCAAAGACUCUCAGGUGAAGAUCUGGUUCCAGAACAGAAGGAUGAAGUGGAGGAACUCCAAAGAAAGAGAGCUCCUCUCUUCUGGUGGUUGCAGAGAACAAACCUUACCCACCAAAUUCAACCCUCACCCAGACCUCAGCGAUGUGGGCAAGAAGUGUUCGGGAGAGGAAGAGGAGGAAGUUCCCCCUAUGUGCCCGCCCAGCCCCCGGCAUCCCUUAACCUACCAUCAGUCCCCAGAGCACCUGCACUUGAGGGACAGGCUGGACUCCCAGAGGUGUCCCUCUCCAUCCCAUUCCAGCAGCCCCAGCAAACCUUCGGACUUCUCGGACUCAGAGGAAGAGGACGAUGAUGGGGAAGAGGAAGAGGAGGAGAUAACAGUCUCUUAG